GCUAGCGGUCGUCGAAUUGCUCGCGUCUCCGCGACAUAAAUCGCUUUUAAUUCGCACUAAUUAACCGUUUAACAUAAUAAAAACAUAUUAAAUAAGUGCCAAAGUACAUCGGAAUAGUGCCUGAACGUUGUGAUCUGAAACAUUGUUGACAUAAAUUGUGUGUGUUGUUGUUUUAGGUGUGUGCAUUCCGUCUGUCUAGGUGAGUAGUCACCAGUCUUUGUGCGCGACAAUUAUCAUUCUGAUCGAUUCGGCCCGCGCGGGGGUGUGCAGCCGGCCCGUUUUAUAUCUUUUGUUGUUUUGUAACGCUGCUAAAUCAAUAAUUUUAGUGGCGGCUAGCUGCGGGGAUCGCGUUCUUAUUUCAAAUCCUUUGACGUUCCGAAUGCUGUCGGUGUUUUAACGGUGAGAGAUUGUAACUGUUACUUCGCGAGUACAUUUCACGUUGUCUUUGUAAUGUGUUAUGUAUUGAAUUAGCAAAUACUGACUGUAAAAAUAUCGUUUAGUUUAUUUGUGACUGUUCAAAAACAAAAUUGUUGGUGGAAAUAUAAUAAAACGUUGUGUUCUUCGCCGGGGUCUUUAAAAAGAAGCGGCAACAGGAUUUGCAAGCUUGUGUUAAGUGACAUAAGUGCAGUGCAAGUUAUGUGUGUGAAGUGACAUGGAGUGAGACAAUGUGCAUCGUAACAACGUCUCGGGCCCUCCGUGAUCCGGGUUCUGGAUGAUAGCUACCAUUCAAGACGCGGCAUGGACAAGGAGAACGGCGAGGGCGACGCGGCCGGCAAGCCGCCGCCCGACGGCCUGCUGGAUGCCGCUGGACUCUUCGGAGCGUACUGGGGUCGAGAGGGGUCCGGCGGCGGGACGGCGGCCGCGCAGGCUCAGGCUCAGGCCCAGGCCCAGGCGCAGGCGCAGGCGGCACUCUUCGGCUUCGGCUCUCGUUACCCGCCGCCCACCACGCUUGGCGUCGCUGCCAACCAGGCAGCUUCCCUCGGCCUACAUCCCGUUGCCAGUGCAGCAUGGUGGUCCAUGGCGUCACAUCUCGCAGCGCAGGACUAUCUAGCGCGCCUACAAGCCUCGGGCCUCAACUUCCCACCGCUCGGGGACCCGUACUCCGCGCUGUCAGCACUGUCGGGGGCUACCGGUGGCAUGAAGCAACCGCCUAAACAUCCCAAGCAGCCAAUGAGAAGUGAAAGAUCGGGCAGGAGCAGUAGCGGCCAAACGUCGAGUGCGUCGUUAAAGGACAAGAGUCCUUCCACUGGCGGUAGUUCGCAGCCGACCAUGAGUGAGUGGGGAACGUCAUACGGUUUUCCGAAGACAUCUUCACCGUCAGCGAUGCAUUCACAGGCGUCGUUAUCGAGCUUGGCCUCUCUCAAUAGCCUCGUGUCAGCUCCGCACCAGUCCAAGUCCUCCAGUAAACCACCGCAGCAGUCCUCCUCAUCUAGAAAAAACUCGUCCAGUUCAUCGGGUAAAAGCAAAGAUCGUGAUCUGGCGUUGCUAAGAGGCGAUCUGAUGUUAGCGCAGGCUGCAGCGCACGGCGCAUACCACGCAGCAGUCGCGGCGGCCACCAAGGGAAAGAACAUGUCGCCAUUGUAUCCGUUCGGAAUGCCGGGUUCGGAUAAGGAUAGACAUUCGGGAAUAGAUUCACUCACCGGUCUUCCUCAUACAAUACUUAGUGCCGCUUUGGAGGGCGGUGAUCCUUCGUCGGUGCUUGGAGGUGUUCGGUUGCCGCCUGACACCGAGAUUAUCAAAUACACGUCGUCACUCGCAGGCCCCAAGGUGCCUCCGGGUACGACGAAUCGGGGUCGUAAGAAGACGAUAUCGCUGGACCCUCCGCAAGUGUCUGUACAUCCCUCCGCCGGUGACAGGUCCACGCCGCUACCCAGUAAACGUCCCAAAGUUGAGGACUACAGCGGUCGAUCAUCAGUGGAAGUGAUCAGGUUGCCGGGCAAGCCGGAGCGCGGCGGACACGCGGGUACGCCGCCGCCCAACCUGGCUGACUACGCGGGCAUCUCCCGCGAGCUGCUGCAGACCAUCGCCAGCCAGAGCGGCCUCAGCCUCGCCGCCCUCGAGCGACAGCUAGCAGCACAACCCGGUGAUUCGGGAUUGAACCUGAGCACGAAGUCAACAACGUCGGAGGACGCACCCUUGGACUUGGGCCUCAAGUCCGCCGCCGACGAAGAUACUCCUCUCAACCUAUCGCUGAAGCCCGUACCUCCAAGCCCGCAAGCCUCGGACGCAUUGUCUCGUCUUACCUCACUGAGUAGCUCUCUAAAUGCAUCAAAUAAUGACAGGAUAUCACGACGCAAGCCGGGCGCGAAGCCGAGGCGAGUGGCGCCCGAACUGAACUCGCACGCCGCUGACUCGCCCAGGCCCAAGUCCAGUGGCAGUGAGGAUAGUGAAUCAGUAAGCGGGUGGGCAACACGGGAAGGUCGGCCGCGCAACUUGGGCCGCGGCGUCAGCAAACCCAAGAAGAACACAGUCGCCUCAUUGCUGGCUCAGAGUCGAGCACUCGGCCUGCGACCAGCACUCGCACACCAACUACUUGCUGAAACUGAUCUGGAGAAACUACGGACAUUACUCGGUGAGAGUGCAAGCACAGACUCCGAGUGUCCAUCUGACAGUGGCCCCUCAGACUCCGACGCCAGUGAUCCAGGCCGCCGGCAUGAUGCUCAACUACGCCUGCCUCUGGCACUUGGUUGGAAGAGAGUGACAGUAAUCAAAGGUCUAUCAAGAAACUGCAACAUAAAGGGUGAUGUGAGCUACUCCCCGCCUGAGCCACAUUCCGGACUGGCGAUAAAGUCAACACAGGAACUAUGCACGUUCUUAGAAUCGAACCCGUGUCCGCCGCUUUCGUCUGACAACUUUAGCUUCAGCGCGCGUACUCUGCUCGGAGAAUACGUACAACCGGCACUUGAUCUCGCUGAACCGCUAGUCUUCAAUGAGGCUGAGAUCACUAAGAGGUUGGAGGAAGCGCGUGCGCUGGCAGCGCUGAGCACACCGCGGCCGACACCUCCGCCUGUAGAGCGGCGCAUAGAGCUGGCACGUCGGCAACAAGCAGCACGAGAUGCGCGCAGAGAUGCUGCACCGCGCAGGGAACAGGCUCGACUUGUAAGAGAAUUAGAAAGGUCCGAAAGGGCUGAACUCGUCAAACGGGAAAAAGAGGCGCGAAGUCAACAACUGUUAGAGCAUAUCAACAAGAACCGAACGCAGCUCACCAUCGAGCCGCUGCCGAGCGCGCCCACCGCGCCCACCGCGCCCACAGCACCCACAGUGCACGCGGCGAAAGUGCCAGAGAUAGUAGUGGACCCCGCCCUCAGAACUAGCAAGGACCGCACUAUGCCGCCCAUAAGUCUGUCCCUGAUACCCGUCAGUGGACCUAAAGACCAAAAUGUACCCUUAAAAACAUUAAACUUCGACCAAUCCGGAUGGAAGGAAGAAGUAGAAGAAUACAAUGCCUUGGAUAAAAUGAAAGAUUUCGCGGAAAAAGCUGCCUUCGAUCUCCCGAAACGACCGAAAGAUAAAUAUUUUGAUUUCUCAUUAAUGAAAGCGUCAGACAAGACAACGAAAACACCAGAUAAAGAGAACAAUUUGGAAAAACUAAUCGAAUCCUAUUCGAGAAUAAGCGAAUUCAUAAACGGGUGCGAUUGGUCGAAAAUAGACGGCGAAACUAAAAACGAGGACCCUAAAAGUUUAGAACAGAAAUAUUUAGAUGCAAAAAACGAAUUUAUGUCACAAAAUUUGAUGCUAAUGCCGAAAGAAUCGCAAAAAUCUGUUCUAAAGGAAGUGAUAGAUUUGAGCGGCGACGAUGAAAAUAUACUCAACGAUAUUAUAACUAAAAAGAUAAGCCAAGGAACGUUUAACGUAGGCAAAGACGGUGCGCUAUCUAUCUCGGUACAUCCCUUCGGCAGUAAGGACAUGUACUUGGCUAAAAGAAGAAAACAGGAGGAGUUAGAAAAGCAGAAAAUCGAAGACCAGGCUAAGAAGCAACAGGAAAGAGAACUAAAACGACAACAAGCUAUUCUAUUAAAAGAACAGCAAAAGUACAUAACUGAGGAGCGAGAAAGGCGACGUCAGCACACGACAUUUAUACGACAGCUGGAGGGGCGGCGGCGCUGGGCGGAGCGAGAGCGCAGGAAGCACCAGAACCUGCUCGACCGCCUCCUCGCCAAGGAGGGAAAGCUGCAGCAGCGCAGGAAGGAGAUGGAGCUGCUUGCUGAGCUCAGGAGACCUCAAGAAGACUCAUCAUUAUCAGACCAGAAACCGUUGCCUACAUUAAGUAGGAUCCCAGGAUUGAAGCUCGCAGGUCAAGCAAUGGCGGAUUUACUACAAGUAUAUGAAUUCAUCCACAACUUUGGACAGACUCUUGGUUUCGAUAUGGAUUCACUGCCGAGUUUCGAAACGUUGCAACAAUCGCUGUUGCCUGAUAGCAACGCUAAUGUGAGAGAGGAACUCAUGCAGGUCCUGACACAGCUGCUCGUCUGCGCUAUUGAGGACCCUGGCAUCCCUCACCCUGGACGGCACACGACGCUGCUGGGACACGCCAUCAGGCUCGGGGACAUCACGCCCGCCAACCUUAGCGAGGUGCUGCGUAUCUACCUCUAUGCCAACGCCACUGGAGAGGUCAAGGCUCUCACAGGUUUGACGGCGGAGCGCGAGCGUGAGCGGCGCGUUGCCGACCAUCACCAGAGUGACGCGGAGAUACAGCACACUUGUGCACACUCCAAGAACACCGCAUACUACGAGCAACUGCACGCUAACCACACAUACAAACUAUCAGAAACAUUACGCGACAAGCCAUUCCUUGCGCUGAAUCCUACUACCAAGGCUCGCAUCCUGGCGUACCUGUGUGACGAGCUGCUGCAGAGCAAGGCGGUGCUGCGGCAGAUAGAUGCCUCCCUCGACCAUCUCAACCAGCUGCGCAAGGAGCGCUACCUCAUGGAUAUGAAGAUACGCAAAGUGCGUGUGCUGCACCAGCGCAAGAUGCGCGCGGAGCAGGCUGAGCGUCAGCAGGCGCUCGCGCUGGAGCGCAUGCAGCGCCUCGUAGACGAGACUUCCACUGGCGCAGCGCACGCGCACGCGCACGCGCACGCACUCGCCAACGCGCCUGAAGAAGAGCAUUUAAUCAGUGACAAAAGCGAGACACCGAAGAAACUGGACAAAGUUGAUUCACCGCAAGAGUCUGAAGUCAACAAACAAGUCGAUCUGCCGUCCCCGUACAAAGAUACCGCCCCUAUGGAGGAGAGCGACAAAGAACUUUCUCCCUUAAAGGAUUUGUCCAAUAAUAUGAAAACUAAAGAGAUUUUGAAUAACAAUAAAGACGAAUGUUCUCCAGCAGAUAACUCAAAGAUCGAUAAGGACAGUGUUAUUGGUGAUUGUGACGCUAUUUUAAGUGAUUUAGAAAGCGAAGGCACUCAACCAGAAGAGGAUGAGGACAAGAACCUAUCAUCAGAGGAGCUAGGCCGCAAGCUGGAGAAGCUGGUGCGGCAGUCGGAGCAGCAGCUGCAGCAGCUCUCCGCCGGCUCGCACGCGCUCCGAGCCACCUGCUAUGGACAGGACAGGUACUGGCGACGAUACUGGUCACUAGGCAAGUGUGGGGGUAUAUUCGUAGAGGCGAUGGAGUCAGCUCAGCCAGAGAUAUUGCCUUACCAAGAGGCAUUGGAGGCAGCGGCUUUGAAAGGACAACCCUUAAGUGAUACCGCUAAGAAAAAGAAAAAAGAUGUUAAAGAGAAGAAAGAGUCAUCAGACGAGAAGGAGGAGAUGGAAACAGACGCACAGCGUGAAGAACAAGAACUGCAGAGCGAACUGGAACUGAGGAACAUCAAGUCUGAACUGAACUUGAGCGAUCACACGCAAAUUAUCAAGUACGAACCUAACGUGAAACACGGCACUUUUAAAGUUGAAGGUUCAGCGAUCAAAAUGGAAGAGAAAUACAUUCAGCAAAAGCAAACUAACGAAGAAGAAGACAUGCUGGAUAUUGAAGACUCUAUUCCCACCGCGUUCCUAGUCCAGAAACCCACUCACAAACCUAUGUUCGCUGCGCAAGCGGAACCCAUGGAUAAGCCACAAGAGAUCGUUAAAGUAGAAAACGUCGUCAAAACAGAAGCUGUGGAGAAAGAGAAUGUAGAAGAGAGUAAAGAUGAACUAGUCAACAAUCUAGAAGAAUUGAGAAAAAUGGCAGAAGCGGUAUCCUCUCAAUUGGAUGCCGCUAAAAAAGCUGAAGCUAAAAUCAAAGACGAAAGCGAAAUCAUAGAACGACCAACAAAGAAAGAACUCAUGGAUGCAGAAAGUGCACACGCCCAACUUUAUACUAAAAUGCUCGAAGGAAAAUGGUUCUCAAUACUAAGACACGAGAGUUCAUAUUUGACUAACAUUAAUGAUGAAAAGUCUAAUGAACAGAAAGUUCCAGAAUUUUGUGAUAAUGAACACACUUGCUCCGAAGUAGUAAUGUGCCAAGGUCAUAAAUGGGAUGUGUCGAAUAAUUUGCAUUUACUGAACGAUCCGAGUCUAUUCACACUGAACAGUAUGGUGACCAGUGUCCAAGUGCCAACCAAUAACAUUUACACAGACUCAAGUCUGACUAUGUCUGGUCUGGACCAGGAAAUGAUGGACGCUAGUAUUAAUAAAGAUGAAAAUCUUGAAGGCGACGAAGUAGAAGAAGAUAAUAAGGAACAAGACAAUGACCUAGAAAAAGAACUGCAAGCGGACGCGGCUAAGCAAGAGGCGGCGACACAGAAGGCCAAGGCGUCCGGUCUAACCAGCCUCGGUCUGCUCAACUUCAACGCACUCAGCACAUACGUUACUUGCGACAGUCCACCGCCCAUACAGAUGUCACCCGAGGAACUUGAGCAGCUGGAGAAUUGCAAGGUCCACGGUCUGCCCAAAAAGCUAGAAGGUGGAUUCGUGCCUAGAGAACUACGGCACGGUUGGUGGCGCAUCAACGAUAUGAAGGAGGUGGGCGAGGUGAUGCGCGCGCUGCAUCCGCGAGGUGUGCGCGAGCGAGAGCUGCACGCCGCGCUCACACACAACCACCAUCUCCUCACUGACAAGAUGUUCACGGAGAAGAACGACGUAAUGCGUUUAGAAACCACAUCUAACGAAGAGAAAUCUGAUCAAGACUAUCCUCCACCGGACUCGCCGAAUUCUUUCUGCGCUAAAACCGCACGCCGCGUGGAUAUGCAGUUACUAGCUAAUAUCGAGUCUGUGGAAGCUCGUCUCGUGCUAGGAUCAAUGUUGGUGAAGAGCUGGCGGCCGUCGGAGAUUCCUCUGUCUGCGGAGGCGACGGGCGCGGAGAUAGUGGCGCGCGCGCGCUACGAGCUCGCCUUCCUCGAGGCUCACAUCGAGAGGAGAUAUCUGAAGCCACCUUUGGUACAAAGGUAUGCUAGCAGUACAGAAGUUACAUUGGGCGCGAUACUGCACGGAGAACGUGGAAACUCUUCCGUCACCUCACCACAAAACACUGAAACGAGUGAACCUAAAGAUAACAAAGGCAUAGCGCGUGGUCUGACCACUUGGCGGGAGGCUGUGGCGCGCUGCAACACAUCUGCGCAGCUCGCCAUGCUGCUGCAGGCGCUGGAAGCUGCCAUCGCCUGGGACAAGAGCAUCUUAAAAGCGAAUUGUCAAUUCUGUCUGUCUGGUGACAACGAGGACCAGCUACUGCUGUGCGAUGGCUGUGACAAAGGCUACCACACAUACUGCUUCAAGCCACGCAUGGAGAAAAUUCCUGAAGGCGAUUGGUACUGCUGGGAGUGUGUGAACAAGGCGCGGGGCGAGCGCGUGUGCAUCGUGUGCGGCGGCGCGGCCAGCGGGCGCACCAUACCCUGCGCACUCUGCGUACGCGCAUACCAUCAGGACUGUCACUACCCGCCUCUACACAAGAAUCCUCGAGGCAAAUGGUACUGCUCACAUUGUAUAUCUCGUGCGCCACCCAAAAAGCCGCGCAACACCAAGAAGCGAGACAACAAGCACAAGGACAACAGUAUAGAUCUAGACCAGAGCAUGGUGCCCAGUCCAGCGGCAUCUCAAGCAUCGACAUCAACAACAGCGGAGGAAUGCACACCGAGUGUACUUCACACGCCGGAGAAACAUGACGAGCGAGAUGAGACUCUCACAGAGCCUGAAAACGGACUCAACCAUCAUCCUGUUGCGGAAUUGUCAGAGGAUGGACCACCGCCGGAGAAAAGACGCGCUCUCUCAGUCGGCAGCAACGGAGCAGUACAACAUGAUGACACUGACCACGUGGACGUCGAGGACAUCAACUCUGAGAAUGUGCCAUUGCUGUCGAGAGCCAAGAAGGAAAAAUCAAGUGCCAAAAAACAACUCAAAGAAUUGCAGUUUUGCAAGAGUCUGCUAUCGGAGAUGGAGUGUCACGAGCACGCGUGGCCAUUCCUGAUGCCGGUGAACACGAAACACCUGCCGCAGUACCGCAAGGUCAUCAAGUGCCCCAUGGACCUCUCCACCAUCAAGCGCAAGCUACACGACGGCACGUACAAAUGCAAAGAGGAGUUUGCGUCCGACGUGAGGCUGAUAUUCAGCAACUGCGAGGUGUUCAAUGAGGACGACAGCCCGGUGGGUCGAGCUGGACACAGCAUGCGACAGUUCUUUGAUGCACGCUGGCCUCAUGUAUGACAGCCUCGACCACAACAUACUGACACACACGCAACCAACUUGUCAGCGACAUCUAUUGGAGAAAAUACUGACAUACACAUAGCUAACUUGUCAGCGACAUCUAUUCGAGGAGAUCGACAAGAUAAUGACUUAAUAUAAUGAUAAACCGAAAUUGACUUCGAAUAAUGAUUGUGUGAAAUUAACUAAAAUCUAUUUACUUAUUUGAAUAUAACGAUUCUCGAAAAUUUAAUGAAUCGAAUGGUUAAAUAUACAAAGG